AUGAAUUUCCAUAAGAGCUGUUACACGUCACGCAGUGCUGGUUAUAAAUAUCGGACACUCUCAACUAACACAGGCGAAAGGAAACGUAGGCACAGCAAGGAAGAAACCACAUUCGAUAGAAAGUUCAAAGAUUUAAAAAAUGAAAUAUCAUCGAGGAUAUUGAACGAGGUGAUCAAAUCACAAGACGCGAGGAGAUCGAUACAGGAGAGAUUUGAAAAAAUCGACGCCAAAAUAAAUUCGAUGGUCGACGUACAGAAUUCUAUUAUUGAAAUGAGAAAAAACCUGCAGGUGGUGGAAAAUCAGCUAAUGGAAAUGACUGAAAAAGUGGAAUUGAUGGAAAAACAGGUCGGAUUAAGCGAGAACUGCAGCCUGCACUCUCGUAAGAGCUCUUAUUCUAAAUCUCGACCAAUUUUUAACACAAUCGUUGAAUCCAGUACUUUGGCGAAUUAA